AUGCGCCGCUCUCGUUAUUAUCAGCUUUCAAGGGAGAUUAACAAAGCCCGAGCAGAUAAAACUUCACCAGUACACACCAAUAACAAUAUUGAUGCAACUACUUGCGGCAUACCAGGCGAAUCUCGCUCUCCUCAAAACGUCACAUCCGAUCGAUUUGGUCAGAUUCUCCUCCGGCUUGCCGAAGUCAAGUAUUUGGCUUUUCAGUUGGAGAGUUUUCUACUUUCACGCUUUUGGGCUGGCGGAAUCCCGAAAGAGAGUCUACUAACUGAGAUGCUGCUUACCAAACGCAGUCGGCCAUCUGGUCACCCCUCUACUGGUACCCUUCUGCCAAGACCAUUUGAGUCCAUCGUUCCCAUUACGGCCUCAACUUCUUGCCAACCUUCAAAUACAUCCUCUGUUAAUUUCCGAUCGUCAGGCUCUUACAGAAUUACUAGCCAUGGCACUUGCUUUGAAGCACUAGAUGAUAUUACUAGAAGUAUUAAUCAAGGAGGCGAUCUAUUUGAACCGAAACUUGAGCCUGUUAACCCUCUAUCUAGGCAAUCGCACAAAACACAUUCCUUGCAGGCACCGCCUUCGACAGGCGAUUGCGAUUAUGUUCAUAGUCCUGGUUCGAUCACUAGUCUACACCAAUCUCCAAUACCAACCUCUCAAAUGAAAUCUCAUCAGCACAAUUGCCAGUCGCCCAUUUCUGGAUUCGGCGCAGGUGAAUUUUGGGCUACUCCGCCUACGGUUUAUUACGAUACAACGGCCUUCCUAGAACAUAACGAGCUGCUUAAUUCUGGGAAAGAUGAGAAUGAAGAGCAACCGGAAGGUGGCACUGAUAAUUGUGUGGACCAAAGAGAUCAAGCGUCUCGAUCAACCACCUCCGAUCUAUCAACCAAUCUCGAGUCGUCGCAAAUUCAGGUGCCUCCGGGAUCCGUCCAAACGGCUUCGAUUGGUUUUGAUUUGUUCGCCAAAGUGCAUGCUGAGCAGAGACAAAUGCAGCGAAUAUCUGAUAUAAAAGACCAGACGUCAAAAUCGAAAGCUCCAAAUACUCAGACGCGGCCACACCAAAUAAAUUUGGCUGAUUUUGAAGCAGGCUCAACACACGUUUGGAGACCGGCUCCAAUCUGUAUAGUAGAUGAGAAUGAAGGGCUGGUGGUGCAGGCAAUUGAUGGAAAUGAGCAGGGGCAAGGGAGACAGGAAAAUAGUUCUCCUUUACUUACCCACGGCCUGGUCCUGAAAACGGAGCCACAUGAGGAGCUGACAAGUUCAGGAACUAAAACUCAUUGGUCUGCCGAUAACCACUGCAGUUCUGAGUUCAGCCGACUCGUCGAAUUAGAGGUUGGUGCAGAGUCGUCCAACGUUUCGACUGACCUAUUAUUGUCGGAGGUUUCAGCUAGUUCACCGGCUGUGGCUGUAGUGAAUCAUGCGACAAACAACUCAGUUGUUGCUUAUCAUCUUGCUUCUCCUGUUGCUUUUCGUCCACAAUAUUCAAUCCAACUGCCAACUGACCAGUCAGCUUCGUUUACAAUCAAACAAGAAGACUGA